AUGGGCUCCAUUACAGUUGUGCUCUCUCUCUUCGCCGUGAUCUUCAUCAUUGGCAGUACUGAAGCUGGUACGGGUAGCUGCCCUAUACCAUCAAAAAUCUACGGUUGCAGUCCAAAAUGCGUGCAAAAUUAUGAAUGCAGUAACGGCAAGAUGUGCUGCCCUAACUCCUGCAACGCGAAGUCCUGUGUAGACCUGGCAGCUUUCGGUGGCUCCAAUAACGGAAAAGAUAAGAAUUCGCAGUCGGGUGCCGGCAUCUACUGCAACAAUCACAAGUGUAGUCCUUUCGAAGUGUGCAAGCUCGACCCCAUCACCAAGAAGAAUAAAUGCAUGCGCUCC